AUGGCUUAUGGCUCUAUAAUUUACUUCUGGAGUACGCAUCUUCAUGAUUUAAUAAAAAAAAGUGGAGGAAAGUUGGAUAAGCGUGACUUCCAAAAAUAUACUAGAAUGAUUAUAAAAGGCUUUCAUUGUAUCCGUGAAAAGGGUUACAUUCAUUGCGAUCUUAAACUAGAGAACAUUCUUGUUUUCUCUGCUUCAGAUGGUGCAAGCAGCGAAAAGAUCACCGACUUUGGGCUAUCGAAGAUUCCUGGAGAUUUGAAUGUGCUCAUGACAAAAAGAAAGUGGGCAUGGGACUAUACAGGUGGCAUAUCCGAGAUUGGGAAGGAUUUCUUGCGGAGGUAUUUUGCAAGGGACCCAAGAAAGAGAUGGAUGGUUGAGAUGCUACUACAUCAUCCUUUUCUCCUUGAGACUUAA